CCUUUCUCAAGUACUACGUCGACACAUACGCCGACCAACUUCCGGAUAAUUCUGAACUAAAGAGAUACGCGGGUCUGAUUGCGAGAAGCAUCGUCGACAACGUCGGCGCGAUCGACGAGAAUAUUUACUUGCUCGGCAACGUUUAUGAGAAUCAUACGAUUAACGUCAGAUAUCUCUUCGAUCUCGUACUGGCCGACGACUUGCUCGAGAAGGACGUCGUCGAAGCUAAGAGGUACCUAGUGGCGAAACUGAACGAAUUCAACGUGGUGGAAAAGUAUCUCAGAGUGCCAAGGUAUCAGCAGGCGACUCCCGCUCAGCUGACGAUGGAGAUCACCGAGCAGCUGAGAGACAUUGACUUCGUCAGAAGCAUCGCGACGUCUCUGCGAAUGUACGCGAGAUUCUGGCACAGGAGUCGCAUGAUAGAAAGCCUCGACGAGUUGCUCGAACUGUUCGACAGUUACGAGAAUCUACGCGAAAUACCGCGUUACGUGCGCAUGAUGCAGAAGAUCGACGAGAUCAAGGGAAGUUUGCGGGAGUUGAGGGGAGACAUACCCGUCGAAAUUCUUUGCAACGCACCGCGAGCUUGUCUGCGACUAGGCCUGCAAUUGAUUUUACAUUGCAAGUUCAUAAGUACGCAAAUCAAGGAUCUUAUCAGGGACUUCCUCGAAUUGAGCGACGUGUGCGUGGAUCCCAUACGCAUGAUACAGGAGUCGAGACGUUCAGUGGAGAUCCCGUUCAGGUUAUCGAAAGUGCGUCACAGCACGACGCUUACCACGGGCACGAUCGUCGGCGAAGCUAUGACUCAACGCACCACAGUCAAUCGCGAUCAGAGCGAAAGUGAAUCCGAAGAGGUUCCAGAGUCCGUCGAAUCCAACGAAUCUACGAGAGAAGUUUCAAAGGAAACCUCGGAACGAAGUCUGGAUUUCACGGAUCUGAUAUUUAGGUCGCCGACUACGACCCAGCUCAUUUCGACGACUCGUCGAGAAGAGACAACUGUGGCCGUAAUGAGCACCACGGCUGCAACUACUACAAUCUUACCUACGACUACACCGUCGGCUACAAGAAUUACGACUACAACAUCGUCACCAAUCGCUACAACGUUACCCACGUCAACUACUACUGCAUCACCCACAACUACAACGUUGCCUACAUCGACUACUACAACGUUAUCUACGACGACUACUACAGCGUUGCCUACGACGACUACUACAACGUUGCCUACGACGACUACUAGAACGUUGCCUACGACGACUACUACAACGUUGCCUAUGACGACUAUUACAACGUUGCCUACGAUGACUACUACAACGUUGCCUACGACAACUACUACAACGUUGCCUACGACGACUACUACAACGUUGCCUACGACGACUAUUACUACGUUGCCUACGACGACUAUUACUACGUUGCCUACAACAACUACUACAACGUUGUCCACAACGACUACUACAACGCCCGCAACUACAACAUUGCCUACGACUACUACAACGUUGCCCACGACGACUAAUACAAUAUUGUCCACAACUACUACAACAUUGCCCACAACGCCUACUACUACAUUGUCCACAGCAACCGGUACAUUACCUACAACUACCACAAUGUCGACCACAAUUACAACAUCGCCUGCAAUUACGACGGAAAGAUCGAUCGAGGAAAUCGACGUGAAAAUGGAACAUACUACAGUGACAGAAGGUGAUCGUGACGACAGAGUUACAAUGCCAAUGGAGAGCUCGUCAAUGCUUAUUACAACACCUGUCCCGAUUAAGUCUUGCGAGUCCGAUGAAUGUAGCGAGCGAAGCUCCGAGGAGACUGGCGUACAUGUUGAAACGAAGACUUUGCUCUUGACGACGCCAGCGAUGCAGACUUCCACUCUCGAAGCUGUUCAGACGACGUCUUCCGAGCCGUUCACGACCAGUCGAGAUCACGUCAACGAAAGUACGAUCUCCUCGACGACGGAGUCGAGUGAAACGCCGGUUACAAAAGGCGAUAACUGCGCGAAGUCCUGCUUUGAAGACUGCAGAUCCAAGAGCGAGAGCGUCGAGACGUCGGAAAGGUCGUCCUGCGAGACGAGCUGCGACUCCGUGACGGAAGAUUGCGAGGACGGGGUGGACAGUGCCUCCAAGGACUCGCCGGAGGUGAUCUCUCCGGAUUGCGAAACGGAGACCGAUAGGAGUUGCGAAUGCGCUACCAAGGAAGAGAGGAGCGCCGAGUGCGUGACGCUGUGCUCUUCGGGUCCUGCGGAGAGCUCGUCUUGCGAGGGGGUCCAGCAGAAAGACUGCGCGACGUCGGCGACGCCGACGGUCGUCGCGGAGCUCGAACGCAAGCGGACGCGAGGCAUGUGCGAGAUCCGGGAUUUCCAUCAUCGCCGUCAGUUGAGACGGUUGGCGAGAAUGCGGGCGAACCGUAUCGACGUCCCCAGGCCGAGGAUGUCGCGUCGAGGCCGGGCCGCGACCAAGAAGCUGUACAAUCUGUUAACCACCCGACUGCCCUAUUCCAAAAACCGAAAGGUGGAGGAAUACUUGCUGAAAAGACCUCUCGACAAGGAUCGAAAACGUCGCAAACAAUGGGAGGAGAUCUACAAGCUGAGGAAACGGCUGGCGAGGAGACUCAGCGGCGGGAGACAGAUGCAACGAAGUUCAACGAUGCAUCAUGGGAGAGGGGUCACAUCGGUCCGCUAUAAUCAGAUCAAGAGGAUACCCGGGGGAGACGCGAAAUUGAUCAGCGCGUAAAAAAAGUUGAGGGUCCAUCGAUUUAAAUUUACGUCAUUAUAGCUGUUAUUACAGACGAAUGAUAUCGGCCAUUACUUCGUCGUGCUUCGCUUAGCAUAUUUUUCCGUUCAUUUAAUCGGGUCAGAGGCGAAAAAUAUCGUGGACCGUAAGAACGGGGCACUCUCGUUUCUGCGGAGCUAAUUAUAUCGAAUACAAGAGCGUUUAUCGAAUUCGGCUAAACGAUUACUCGGCCCGGAGUUUUUAAUAGUCGUCUAUAUUUAAUCGGUGGAUCGUCGCGCGAAAGACUCGUGUGCGUCAUGAAUUAUUACUUCGAUGCUUUCUCAAAGGCCGCAAUUGACGUCGCAGCACUGAUCAAUUAAAGUCGCGUUAAUGAGGCCCCCCUCUCCUUCCCUCGUCAGCAUAUCGAGUAACAAAUUUGCACCGCGGGCAACCGAGAUAUUUUGGAACGUUUAAACUUUCAGAGAUUUUUUUUUCCCCGUUGAAUUAUUUUUGUAAAUUCUUCAUUAGUCGAAAAAAAAGUACAAGUUUGAAAAUAAUCGUGUCUUGCGAUAUACCGUGAUCAUUCUCUCCAGUCUACUUAUACCAGUUUCGUUUUUAUUUCACUUAGACUAAGAAAAUUGACGGAGAGAGACAAAUUUACGCGGAGAGUCAGAAAUAGAAAUUGUAUCGAUGGAAGGUUUUUUUCUUUUUUUAUUUAUUCGAGUACUUCGAGGCUCUUCUUGCUCUCCCGGUUGAAGAGGGAUCAGCUGCCUUUUUCAGCGAGCACUCGAGCAAACCCCUCUCGCCCGUCUCGGUCUCGUUUCGUGCCGAGUGAGCGAGCAGCCGAGUCGCUCGAGGUUCGGCGUGAGUAAACGUCAUAAAGCGGAUAAGCGGAGCAAACGAUAGAACACAAUGAGAAGUAAAUUUGACAUGGCCGGUGCCCGGCGCGUAAUCUGUCUUAUUAAACGGUCCCGCUCGCACAGUGAGCGAUUACAUUUGAAUUUACUUUACGCCCGAAAUAA